AUGGCGGUGUCACGGUGGACGGGGUUUAUCGCCGCCGGCCUCCUGGCGCGCCUGCUCAUGGUGGCCGUCCUGCUCAUGUCCGUGCGCUUCGUUCUGGCCAACUACAUCCAUCGGGACCAUACACAGGGCAUCUACAAGCUCCAGAGCUACACUUAUGUGGUCGCGUCGGCCGUCGUGGGGACGGCGGGGAGCGUGCUGCAGAUACCCGUCGCCAUGUACCUGUUGUGCAAGAGCAAAAGGGCGAUAACCAGCGCCAUCAUCCUCGACAUCAGCAUGCGCGCCGACAUAGCGAUCAGCGUCGUGCUGGCAAGCGGCGUCGGCGCCGGGUUCGGCGCGACCAACGACGUUCUUCGCUACGUCCGGGCGGGCGAAUGGGACGGCAGGCAGGAAGACAAGCAGGCUCUCGUCAACUACUUGAACAGGCGAUCAUCCCCGUCGUGUUCCUCCUCGUAG